GGUCCCCGGCCAGGAGAGCGCCUUGUGGGGAGGAAGGAUGUUUGAAGAUGUUCCGAUAGCGCACGUCAAGGUCACGUACAACAAAGCCCGGUCUUGGCCACCUGGGACCACAGAGAGAAGUAAAAGCCAUGGCCCCCGUCCCACCUUCAGGGAGGUUUCCGAGAUCUCGCCCCUCGGAUGGCCUGUCUGCACCUGGGGAGCUUGAGGCAGAGGCGACCUCCUGCCGCUUCGGGGCCUCAACAUCCCGGUCCUCCCCUGGCACCCACAUCCGGGUGGUCUCCUCCAAGAACCAGCCCCUUGCCCGCACAUCCUGUGAGACAGAGGGGUUCAAGAAUGCCAGGAAGGCCACGGGCUUCGCCACCAAGACAGUUGGCAUUGCAGCCACAGUGGACCCGGCUUGGUCCCUCCCUGGCCCACCCCAGCCCACCUGCCCUCCAGGACCUUGCUUGGUCUCACCCCGGUCAACCCUUCCCUCCUCUCCAGCCAAGACCAAACAGAUCAUUCCUUCCCUGCAGAAAGCCACGGUGAAGGGGGUGACCCAUGUGCGGGUGGUAGUGAAAGGCCUGGGGCCAGGGCACUUGUCGGCCAUCAAGGGGCUGACCAUGGGCGGCUUGCAGGUCGUCUCCAUCACAGACAACACCCCCGUCCCGCACAAUGGCUGCCGCCCACGCAAGGCCCGUUGGCUCUGAGUGGGGUAGCGGGUCUCCAGGCUCGGGGGGCUCUGCUCCGCUCCUUGCCGCGCCCCUCUGUGGGGUCCCGGGCCACCAGCCGAGACGAGGGAAAGGAUGCAAGCUCCUCCCUUGUCUUAUCAAGCUUUGAAAUGAAAAUGUCCCUUCCGGUCCGGCUGUGUGUCUCCUUCUUUCAUGCAUCCCCUCUUCUCCCCCCAACUCCCCUGCCUAGCCCCCAAGGGCUCCCAAGGAACUCCAGCUCCACCUCCAGACUGCAAGCCAUGGUUGGUCUGUCUGCCCCCUCAUCCCGCAGCCUCGGAGUGGCCGGAGGGGACGCCGCAGCUCCAGACUUCACCCAUCAGGGCUCCGACCCACAGCUGGAGAAACAACUGACUGGCAUCAUUGGUUUAUUUGUUGAGCUCAUACCAUGUGCAGAGCACUGAAUGAAGAGCUGGGGAGAGUACAGUACAGCAGAGAUGGCAAACCCGAUCCCUGCCCACCGGAAGCUGGGUGUCUUUGCCCUCGAACUCAUCGUAAGCAUGGCGUGAGUCCCCGUGGUGGGCAGGAGCACGUAGCCAGCACUGGAGAGCGGGCCAGGAUAAUGAUCAUUAUAAUAAUCGUGGUAUUUGUUAAGUGCUUAUUAGGUCCCAAACACCGUGUUAAGCGCUG